AUGAUGGACUCGUUCGAUGGGGCGUCACGCCCAACUCGCAAGAAGUUCGCCAAACCCCCGGUCAAAGUCGCCUGUCUGCCGUGCCGCGCUUCCAGAACACGAUGUGGCGGUCAGAUGCCAUGUUCCAAUUGUGUGAACAAAGAUCGCGAAUGUUCCUAUUUGCCCAGCAAGAGAGGCGGGCCCCGCAAGAAGAAGGAAAAAUCCUCGGCCUCGCCGGAAAGAGACUCCUCGCAAGAUGUUCCGUAUCCCGCCAUGCCCUCCCCGGGGUUUGAAGCCUAUUUUCAAGCCGAAGUGCCCUCCAUCUUCCAGGGCAUCUUCAACAGCGAUGGAACUCAGUCGCAUAUGCAGGUGCCCCCAAUUUCGCCAUCAUUGAUCAACACAGAGUCCUAUGUGAGGACGUACGGCAGUGAGCCGGAGAUAUUAAACGCCUAUUAUGACUUUAUUCACAACUAUUUCCCCAUUCUACCGCCACGGGCAUCACCGCCAUGCCGAGAUCGACCGCUCAACUGUCCAGUGCCCGGUUCCAAUUCGUCCGAACCGAUGAUGAUCUAUCGCCCCCGUUCGCCUCUAAGUCUUGCGCUCUCUGCGAUCUUGGCCCUGAUCCCGCAUCCAAGUGAUCUCGAUCCGACCUCGGGAGCAUCUAUUCUGCAGCGCCGAGCCUACGCCCACAGCUUUGCCCAGCUAGCCAACUCGACCAUCGAGACGGAAUGCGAUCUUGAUUUGUCGUCCACUGACCCGGGCCAAGCAUUGUCUUCCGGAAGACCCUUGGUUGGACGACAACGAUUCCACCCCCAAUGUCCAGUGGAUUACGAGAGUUUGUUGGCGUUGUUGGUGCUUUCAACGUAUGAGUAUGCCCAACGGGGCAACUUGCUCAAAAUGCGCUAUCGUGCGGGCCAGGCUCUGGCGAUUGCAUUGGAUAAGUCGUUGCAUGCCCAAGUAGGGAAUGACGAAUUCUCCGAAGCCCGGCGGAGAGCCUGGUGGAUGACGAUGCCCGCUAUCGUCAUCAACGAUCCUCAAUUUACGACUCCAUACCCGACAUUCUCAUCCGAUGCCGAGGGCUGGUCCAUUCUGAUACAAGCUCAACAAGUUCUUGUAUCUGCGACUCAAUUCAUUGGAGAUUUGAACAAAUGUCUCGCAUCCCAAUCAGGGAUGUACCACAUGUUCGAACGGAUGCAACAAUUAGACGCAUGGACAAACUCCGUGAUUGCCCAAGUCGAGCUUCUCCCACUAGUCCCCCAGACCUCAGACUUCGGCGACCACAACGAAUCAAUAACAGCCCAAAGCAUCCGCGCGAUCUCCCGCAUCAAGCUUUGCAGGUUCGUCAAUGGCAAUCCCCAACCCCAAAUCAACCCACUAAACCAACCCAGUGCCCAAAUCAAAACUCAUCGCUACCGCGCCUUCUCCGACAUUCCCCUCUUCAUCAAAAAGCACUGCGACCUCACCUCCGCCAACCCAAGCACCCCCAACGUCCCAAAGCAAGGCAUCCACAACGUCUCCUGCCCCUGCAGCAAUCUAGACUCUUUCCAAAGAGCCGCUUCAACAGAAUACAUGACUCCCUCCGACUCCUCCACUUCAUCAGACAUCCACCCAGAAACCUCCUACCCCCAGUAUCCCCAGUACCCAUUCGCCUCCGGAUUCCCAUACAGCACCCAGCAAUCCGGCAAAAUCUGCCUCCAGGCCUCUCUCUUAAUCUCCCGUAUCUUCCACAGCCUACCGACUCCGCAACCGCUGUCUGACUCCCGGCACCAACGCCCAUUACCAAGGACCAUGCCUUCGUUCGCGUGCUGUUUGAUUCAAAGCAGUUAUGCAAUGUUCAUGAUUUAUUACAAGGCUCGCGUGGCGAAACAGCUGUCGCCCGUCCGGAAUGAGAAGGGCGAUGAUUCAACGAGUCAACUUAUCGAAGAGCUGAGACAGGGCCUGGGACGGAUCAUUACGGCUGUGUCGAAUUAUUCUCUUGCGUUUGAGGCGUUGGAUGGGAUGAGAGAUGAGAUCGAGGGUGCAUAUAAGACGGCGUUUUCUAUGUCUGUUUAA